AUGCCGACACUGCCUCUGCUCCGCAACAUCAGGGAUGUCUCGCUCCUCAACGCCUUAUUACAAGCCUCCGUGUAUCAGCAGAUACUCUGUGCGCUGCUAGGGCUGGCAACAUACCUAGCCUUAGUAUCUUCCCUCCGUUUCCAGCGACGCCAGGCAAUCCAAAAGAAAUAUAGUUACUAUGGAACGAGGCAAUCCUUGCGUACCAUGACCGACCGCGAUGCCUGGUCCAUUCAGAAAACAGUUAUGCAAACCGAGUUUCCUUUCAUUGUCAUGAAGUCACUGCAAUUUGCUCUGUUCCGAACAUAUGGCAUCCCCACGAUAUCAACCCUACUAUUGACGACAUCUCAGUUCUCCGAGCCGUCGACUUCAUUCAAGCGAUAUGCCGACACAGGCACCCUGAUCGGCGAGUUCAUGGCAUUCGACCCACGCUCCGAGCGAGCGCAAACGGCAAUCGCCCGAACCAAGUUCUUGCACCAAGGUUAUCGAGCCAGCGGGAAGAUCCUCGAAGCCGACAUGCUGUACACACUGAGUCUGUUCGCUUUGGAGCCGAUCCGAUUUGUGCAGCAGUUCGAGUGGCGCGAGAUGACCGACAUGGAGCGGUGCGCUGUCGGGACAUACUGGAAGAGCCUUGGUGAUGCAUUGGGCAUCAGUUAUGAGGCUCUACCCUCUGGCAAGACCGGUUUCCAAGACGGCCUCCAUUGGUUGGAGGAGAUGGGUCUCUGGAGCAAGCAGUACGAAGUCGAGUACAUGAAGCCGCAUCCUCGCAACAAGGAGAUUGCAGCGAGAACCAUUGACGUACUGGUAUAUAACCUACCUAGCUUCAUGAAGCCGCUGGGUGAAUACAUCGUCUCAUACAUGAUGGACGAUCGACUACGAACCGCAAUGAUGAUGGACCCGCCGCCCGCCAUCUUCCGUGUCCUCUUCACCUUCAUCUUCAAAACCCGCCGGCUGUACCUGCGUUACCUUGCCCUCCCACGUCCGAACUUCAUGCGUAUGGACGUGUUUACCGACAAACCAAACGAGCACGGCCGCAACUGGGUGACGAUAUAUGAAGGAGCGCCGUAUUAUGUGAAGCCCACGAUCUGGAACCGUUGGGGGCCGGUGGCAUGGUUCAAGUGGGCAGUCGGACAGCCUUUGCCUGGUGAUGAUGGUGACAAGUAUUAUCCCAAGGGCUAUCGAACCCAGGACCUCGGACCGAAGUACUUUGAGGGUAAAGGGUGGAAGGAAGUCGAGCUCAUCAAGGAGACACUCCGUCAGCAGCGAACGGGCCAGUGUCCGUUCCCAUGA